GCCGCCUUCUCUGAAGGCGAGGGUGGCAGCGACUUCAAGAGCUAUUGUAUCAGAGCUUCCAAGGUGAAGAAGGUCCAUGCACAUGGAUAACCUUCCAGUGGACCCGGACCCGAUAGGCCAGCCUACUGGCCAAAGGCCGAGGGCCCGGUGCCCGGCUCCGUUCCUCUCAAAGACAUACGAUCUCAUCGAACGGUCCGGAUCCCAUCACAUAAUCUCAUGGAACGGUGAUGGAACCCGAUUCAUCGUAUGGUCGCCUCAGGAAUUCUCUCAGUUCUUGCUGCCCAGAUAUUUCAAGCACUCCAAUUUCUCCAGCUUCAUUCGACAGCUUAAUACUUACGGAUUCAAGAAAUCGGCAUCCGAUCGAUGGGAAUUCCAUCAUGAAAAAUUUCGAAAGGGAAAAAGACAUUUGAUCGCGGAAAUCAUACGGCGAAGAUGUAUGCCAAGUAUCUUCCCGAGCUUCCUUAAGGCCCACGACAAAGGAACGGGGGCCCCCACCAACGUGGACAACCAUCUAAUUGAGGAGAAUAAGAGCCUCCAGGAAAAGAAUUCUGAAUUGCAACUACAGAUAACACAGCUCAAAGCUCUUGAGAUGGAGCUCUUGGAUUGCCUCUCUAUAUAUAUGGAGGGCAAUAACAACAAAAAUGGGUCCUGAUUGAUGGUCCACAACCCUAGAACUAAUACUCAUCAAGUUAUUACUACUAUCCAAUUAAUGAGCAUUUUCUUAUAGAACUUGAAUUGUUGACUGGUUUGCUUUUUCACUAUUCAUUAAAUGAUAUAUUGUUAUAUGGUUAAGAUCA